AUGUACACUUUUGUUUUUAUCUUUGGUUUCUUCCUAAAUGGGAUCAACUUGUGGAUUUUCUUCUACAUUCCCAGUAAUAGGAGCUUCAUUGUGUACCUGAAAAACAUUGUUAUUGCCGACCUUUUAAUGACUCUGACAUUCCCCAUGAAAAUAAUAAGCGAUGCUGAAAUAGGAAAUGUGCAAUUACGUCUUUUUGUCUGCAGAUACUCAGCAGUUGUGUUUUACCUGAACAUGUACAUAGGAAUCAUAUUUUUGGGGAUACUUGGCUUUGAUCGUUAUUAUAAGAUUGUGAGACCCAUGAAUAACUCUUUCUUUCAAAAUGUAUUUCACAGUAAGGUCAUCUCAGCAUUAAUAUGGGCAGCCAUGGCUUUUAUUUCUAUCCCAAAUAUGAUACUGACCAACCAAAUUGCAGACCAAACAACAAAACCAACUUGUGCCAAGCUAAAAAGCUAUCUGGGCAUCCAAUGGCAUCAGGCUUCCAAUUAUAUAUGCAUAAGCAUAUUUGUCAUUGUGUUUUUCCUUCUUCUUACAUUUUAUGUUUCAAUAUCAAGGAAAAUAUACCGAUCUCACCAAAAGUUUAAAAGAGGUUCAAAUGCUGGCAGAAAGUCUACGAGGAAUAUAUACAGUAUUUUAAUUGUGUUCUUCUUCUGUUUUGUUCCUUAUCAUCUUUGCCGAAUUCCAUACACCAUAAGUCAAACUACUUCUGAUGGUUACAGCUGUCAAAAUCACAACAAUCUGUUUUAUGCCAAAGAGGUGACAUUGCUUUUAUCAGCUGCCAAUGUAUGCCUUGACCCUAUCAUUUAUUUCUUUAUGUGCCAACCUUUUCGACAAAUGCUCUUUAAAAAACUGCACAUGGAAGACAAACUUCAAGACACAGAGAGGACUUUUAAAGUGUCUUCCACACAGCCAGGAUUAGUAUAA